AUGAGGAUCGAUUUUAUAUGGAUUUCACUUCUGUUCUUGCCUUUUGGUGUAAUGCACACCAAGCCAAUCCAAGUACACCACAAAGAGAACAAAGAUGAUUAUAAGGAAACAAAACGCGGUGCCACGCCCGAAAUUCAAAAUGAACAAGUUAUAUCCGUAAGAAUAACGUCGUCUGUUGCAGUAGGUAGAGGCAAAGGAAAAACAAAUAUACUACCUGAAAAUAAACAACUGCCACAUACCAACAUCACAAUACCACCGACUCUUAAUACACAAAUCACAAAUUCUACAAAUCCAACUACAAUCGAAGACAUUGAAGACGAAAAUGUAACUGACGUAAUGAUAAAAUAUGCCGGCGCCAAUAUAGACUUUAUCAAACAACUACAGGCACGGAAAGAAACAAGAGGCCUAAAUAAUUUUGAACAGGUGAAUCCUUUUGAAUCUGAUAUUAAACAAUUUAAUUACAGCAUUUCCGAAGAAUAUACAACAGAAUUUUAUGAUAAAUCAGUAACUGAUGUAGAAGCUACAGCAAGUGAAACUGAUGAAACAGUUGAAAAUGUUCCAAUGGGGAGAUCUAUUUCAUCUUUAUCGGCAAAAAAAUAUAUACAAACUUUAACGCAUGAAUCAUUGUUCGAAAGAGAUAGAAAUACACGAGUUACCACAGUCAGUUUUAAUAUUGUCCAUGACAUUCCCAAGCAUUUUUCUACUUACGAGCACCAAAAUAACAGUUUUGGUCAAAAUAAAUCUUUUCAUAAUGCCCAUUUAAAGGUGUAUAGUGAACCAGCUCAGGUGUAUAGUGAGCCGGCUAAAUUUUACAGUGAACCAGCUAAAUUCUACAGCGAACCAGCUAAAGUAUACAGUGAACCUGCUAAAGUAUACAGUGAACCUGCUAAAGUAUACAGUAAACCUGCUAAAGUAUACAGUGAACCUGCUAAAGUAUACAGUGAACCAGCUAAAUUUUAUAGUCAACCAGCCUCAUUGCAUCUGACACCGGAACCUCUACCGAACCAUACCCCUUGGCGACCACGUUCACAAACUACACCUGUAACUAGUUCGACAAAUGAAGCAGAUAUAAGCACAACACCAAUUACUACUAUAGAUUAUAAAGGUAUUACUCAGGCGUACAUAGAACAACAACCUGAAAAAAAUUACGAAGUAGAUGAAAAAAUUAGUGUUAUGACUGAAGGCCGUAGUCAUGGCGUUCAGAAGCCAAACAACGAAAACUGCAAACAGGAAAACUGCAAAGUGGGCUACGUAGUUGAAGGCAGACAGUACAAAAAAUACCGCGUGGAAGAAAGGACUCCAGACGGAUUUAUUGUCGGAGAGUAUGGUGUAGUUAGAAAUGAGGAUGGAGCGCUUAGAGGCGUUAGAUACACAGCGGACAGUGAAGCCAGCCCCCGUCUUAUACAAGACGCACUUAUGAAGUUCCUGCAGCUUAAAUAG